UCCUAGCAACCGUAAUGUUUCCCGCGGCGGUGCGGUGGAGCGACUGCGAGCCGGCGGCUGUCACCAGGGUUCGGGUGGGCACGAUGCGUGGGAGCGAGCUUCAGUCGGACCAGGUGGAGGCCGUCAGCCUCGCCCGGAAAAGGGAUCGGGAGACCCAGAGGCAGGGCAGGAUCUUCAACGCAAAACUCAGAACAAUUGGGAUUGAUAAAGACGCUUUAGAUUACCAGGUGAGAGAACGCAAAGAACAGGAGAGGAAAGAAGCGGACACACAGAGAUCAUAUGCUGCUGAUCUGCUUCACAGUGACCGAAUCAGCUGCCUGCUGGAGCAGAGACAGCGGAAAGAGCAGCGACGUCUAGAGGGCGCUAUUUUGCAGUUCCGGCGUGACUUCCAGCAGCCCGAGAACCGGCGCGAGUUCGACCUGAACGACCCGGCCCUGCUGAGGAAGCAGCGGGGGGGUCUGGUGCUGCCCGGGCUGGUUGGGGAGGAUCCGGGCAGCGCCGAGCGUCACCGCAGGCAGCAGGAGCAGAUGCGGGAUUGGUCGCUGCAGCAACGGCGCGAGCUGGAAUCGGCGAGGCUCCAGCAGCGGCUGGAAGACCAGCGGUAUGAGGACAGCAGGAUCACAAUGGACCACCGGGCCGUCCAGCUCCAGAAUAUCGAAGCGGAUCACAGGAGAUCGGUUGCCAUGGCCACCAAAGACUUCAACUUAGCCAUGGCGGCGGAAUCCUCCGAGAGGCGACAUCAGGCGCGACUGCAGGAGGAGGCGGCUAACGGAGAGGAGAUCCUGAACCAGCUGCAGGGACCGCUGCUGAGCGAGAGCCUGGGGUAUGGCGACCGCCUGCGUCGUACGCAGCCCAGCAGCUACAAGGGCAUGAACCAGGAUCAGCUGAGGCAGAUCAGGGAGUGCCAGAGGCAGCAGGUGGAGGACAGACAGGUACGGUCCUGGGGCUUUACCGCUACGGCCCUGGGGCUUUAUCGCUAUUAUGCCGUUUUUUUCAUUACCUUUAGCUCUCAUAAUAAAUACUUCAUGUUUAAGUGUUUCACUCAAGCAGUGAUGUGGUUGGAGCGGGAAGGGGUAGGAUUCCGCCCGGACGUGAUGUCGCUGUGUUCCCGACAGAGAGCCCAUCUGGAGCAGCAGCGGCGGCAGCUGGAGUGGGAUGGGCGGAGCCAGGCCGCGGAGCACCACGGCCUCCUGCUGGAGAGACAGCAGGCACGGCUCAGCAGGCAGCUGCGCCGUGCCCUGGACAGCGCCAACGCCCAGCUGGCCAGCGAGCAGCGAACGCAGAAGGACUACCUGGAGAAGGAGGUGUUCACUAACAGUCCUGACAGCCGCUACUUCGCGCAGUUUAACACCACCAGUCGAUAAGAUCGGUGCUGUCGGUCCAGCCUGGUCCCCUCGCUUUUGUCUGCCCCACUGCUGCAGCAAGAGCAAUAAAGAAUGAACUAUUCACUAAGAA